ACUGUGACAGCAGAACCAUGUUCUCUCUCAGUGUCCUCCUGCUUACCUUGGUGCUUCUGAACUCCAGAUUGCUGAUAUCUGCAGAGACUGUAGUUACAUGUGAUGGCUUUGUACAGCAUCUCAGUUGUGAUACUGGUGUGAUCAGUGUACAAUCAGCAACAUAUGGCCGCACAAGCAGCCAAAUUUGCAGCUUUGGACGACCACAAAGUCAAAUAUCUAAUACUUGGUGUUCAAUAAAUGUCCCUGUGAUCUAUAAACGGUGUGAUGGACUGAGAACGUGUGGGUUAAACACUCAAGGACUCUCCACACCAGAUCCAUGUUUUGGCACCUACAAGUACUACACUACCAACUACAUUUGCAUCCCAGCAGAAACAAGUGUGACUUGUCAUGGUGGAUACGGUUAUUUGAAAUGUAAAAAUGGUAAGAUUCAGAUAAAUACUGCAAACUAUGGACGUACAGAUAAAAUCACCUGCUCUCAAGGACGUCCAUCUAAACAGCUUCAAAACACCAACUGCUUUUCACCCAAUGCACUGAAUUUUGUGUCGAAAAGCUGCAAUGGCCGGGAAAGGUGUGAGGUGUAUGCAACGCAUAUGAUCUUCACUGAUCCCUGCUUUGGCACAUACAAGUAUCUUGCAAUCUCUUAUUUUUGCCUCCCGCAUGGAAUUCGUUCAAGUUUGGUCUGUGAACAUGAGACGAGUGCCCUGACCUGUGAGCAUGGGACUGUCAUACACAUUCACAGCGCUAACUACGGCCGAACUGACAGCAGCACGUGCUCUACUGGACGACCUCCUGCUCAGCUUGCCAAAACUGACUGCUACUCCUUAAAUUCACACACAACAGUUGCCAGCAGAUGUGAAUGGAAAAGCAGCUGCUCCAUAUUAGCCUCCAACAGUGUCUUCUCGGAUCCAUGUUUCGGCACAUUCAAGUACCUGUACAUCUCAUACUCCUGCGUGUCUAAGUAGAACAACAGCUGAUCUUGUGGAUUUGGCCUCUUCAAUUCAAUCAGCAUCCCCUCCACUUUAAAUGCGCUGAAACAAAUCUAUUUCUUAAUG